AUGAGGUGCACAAUUGGUCUCGGCAUUUUGGCUGCCAUUUCUCCAGCUUUGGCGGCAACGGCAACGCAACUAUGGAAUUUCACCGAGUAUGCCGUCACCAUUGAAAACAGUGCCCUGCGCGCCAAUGGACAACUUCUCCUCACCACGUUUGACAAUGCCAGCCUGUACACCCUGGACACUCUUGCUUCCAGUCCUGUAGCUGAGCUCGUCGCAAAGCUCCCUGGCGCCACUGCCAUCGGCGGCAUUGCCGCAAUCGGCACCGACAAGUAUGCCAUCGUCGGUGGAAUUCGAGGCAACUAUAGCUACACCAACGAAACAAUCUACACGGUCGACUUUGGCGGAAAUUCCUCAAGCCCCGUCAUCGAGGUUGUUGCCUCGGUGCCGGAUGCCAUCAUGUUGAACGGACUAGCUUCGCUACCAGCAUACCCUCACAUCAUCCUGGCCACGGACUCACGCCAAGGUGCUGUAUUCCGAAUUGACACGGAUGCUGGAACCUCGGAGCUUGCGUUCGAGGAUGAUCUCUUCACCUACCCUGCCAAUGCAACAACGCCUUUGGGUAUCAACGGCAUCAAAGUGUCUGAUGGGUAUGCCUACUUUACCAACACGGGACAGUACAUCUUUGGCCGGAUUCCAAUUACCGACGACGGGUAUCAGGCUGGAGACGCAGAGGUUGUAACGUACAGCGAUCGAGCUUCCGGAUACGACUGGGACGAUUUCGUCUUUGAUCAGUCCGGCAAUAUCUUUGCGGCCCAGACUCCCAACGCCGCUGGCCAGAUCUUCCUAGAUGGAACAUACGCGACUCUUGCUGGUGGUGGAAAUAGUACAUUCUUCCACCGGCCGACCUCAGUGACAGUGACCCCAGAUGGGAAAACACUCUAUGUCACAACGGGAGGGAACACAGUUGAUGGUGUCACAUAUAGCGGUCAGGUGAUUGAGGUCAAGCUGUAG